AGUGGGUGACACUUGCUAGUGAAGCAACAAGCUAUUUUUACACUGUGGGCUUAUGUUCAUCUGGAUAGAUACAUGCUGUCUACCACAACAACAACCUCACAAGUGGAUACAUGUUAAGCUACAAGACAACAGGGAUUUGUCUUUCUUUUUGGCAUUAGAAAUUUCACUUGUUCAGGUGUUUGACUAUUAAUACCUGGCAUGGCACAACAGAAUUACAGAAUUUUUUUUCCAUCUGCUGGACACUUGACACCACAUGCUUAUUCCAAUAUGUGAGCUGCCUCAAGCCAUCGUCCCAUGUUUCCAGCUCUAUCGUCUCUGCUUGAUUCCACUGCUGUUCCACUGUUGCUACUUUUAAAAAUUUGCUUCAGGGGCUUUGUACUAAGUGGCCUUUACCUCAGCAUUUGUCAGCUUAAGGAGAGCUCAGGAAACGAGUUGUUGCAGAGAAACUUUUUGAUGCUGCUUGCCACAAAUAGAAUGCUGCGAAUAAGGAUUGGCUUCUUUUUGAAGCACAAGAUCUACAUUCUCCACUAAAAAAUGAGAUAUAAGAGUAAAAGGAAAGGACGGCAUUUUGAUCACCUUUUAGAAGGUGAACUACUUAAAUGCAAGACACCCCGUGUCAGCCACCUCCAAGACUGACAGGGACAACUGCACCCUGUCCAUGAGAGUAAGCACUUGAAAUGAGCUUGCUGGAAAAGUGCCACACAGGCCAGCGGGGAAGCAUGCAGGGCCACCGUAAAUACUCUGAUGGCUUCAGUGACACAUCCAGCUGCGGCAGCUUUAUGGAUGACACGGACAGGGAGGUCAGCAACCUCACCGAUCGUGCCUUCAGGAGCCUGUGCAUUGGAGAAGAGGCCAUUUACAAUGACUCGGAAUUCUCAUCAUCUCCUACUGAACGACAUAAAGCAUUUGCUGAGGAAACCCAACAAAAGACAGCAUCUGAGGAGACAUAUUCAUACAGCAUCCAGAAAUAUGGGGAGACAGAAGCACAGCCCGAGAUGGCCUCAACAUUCCAGCAUUCCUAUGUGGAUGUAACCCAUCAGGAACAGGCUUUCAGAGAAGGAAGCUUGCCUUACAUGAACAAUGGCUCCAAUGAGGUGACGUGGCAGCAGGGCCGGAGCUCAUCCAGAGUGUCCUCUCUAAUCAAAGCCUUUAGUGCAGGGGAGUGUUACCGUGACAGUGGGACAUGUGACAUUAUUUUGGCAAGGGAUCGGUACAGAGACUUUGGCAGUGAAUCAUGGGACAAAUCAACUCUGCUGAGCAUCCAGAGGGAACUCUCUGACUUCUCAGAAAACCAUCAUAAUUUUAAGCUGGGCUCUUUUCAGUCUUACAGAAACAAUUUUUAUGCAUCUGAAAUGGCUAGUGCAGUGGGCCAGAUGGACACAACUGUCCUGAUGAAAACCUCAAAAAGUAAGUUGUCAAUGAACUCCACAAACUGUUUUUUUCAUAGUGAAUUCAGCCCCUUCCAGCUGUGGGAAGAAUACAACAAGUUUACCUUCGAAAGUACAAAGAUGUCAGGGUUUAUGUCAGCUAAUGAAUUCCCAAGGUGGUAUGAUUCUCCCAUGUACAAAGAGCUGAAAGACAACAACAGAGUUCCUAACUCUCUGUGUGAAAAUAGGCGCUUAAGUCAGAGACAAAUUCAGGAUGUUGUGGCUAGUCAGCGCUCCAGGUCCACGCUUACCCACAAAGCCUCUGCAAUUGAGAAAAGAUGCGAAUCUGAGAUAGCAUCCAACUACCCACCCUGGAAGAAAAACAACAACUUUGUUAGGAACAAACCAGUCAACCGGCCCUCUACGGUCUCACCUUCUAAUGAGAGGACAUGUAGACCGGAUUCAAACUUAUUUAGCAAUAGUAAAGCAACACACGAGAUAGUGGUUGAAAGCACCCUACCUAGCAGUGUGACGCCAUUCAGUAUCACUCAGCUUCUCACACCGGUCAUUCACCUGAGACAAGAAACAGAGACGUCUGAGAUCCUGCAGUUUGCACACACACCCUCUGUUUCUGAUUAUUCCUCACAGAAUGAAGCUGACCCUAAACUUCAGACUGAUGUCCAACAUCUGCGUGACAGCUACAAAUCCAAAGCUUCAAGUCUUCUGUUCAACCUCAAAGACAAUCGAAAAAGAGUCAAGAGCACAUACAGUCCCACUAGAUUUAAAGGCCUAGAAAUAACAGACAGAAAUAAGCAGACCUCAAAGCUGGAGGGCCGGGAAUCCAGAUUUUCAGAUAUACUUGUAUCCCAAGAAACUGCUCAUGAGAAUUUGUCUGGAACGGAUGCACGGGCCUCAUGCAACUCAAUCCGAGAGCCCAGUGCAGCCCUUAACACCCUUAAAGAUUAUACUGAUGGCUUUGGAUCAUAUGAUAAUUUGACAUUAAAUUCACCUCAAAUUCAGGAAAGAGUCGCUAAUUACAAAUCAGUCCAUGGAAGUUCAGAGGGUUCAGAGGGUCACUCUCCCAGCAGAGAUUCGCUGGCUAAUGUAGGGCUCUCAACACACAAUUUAUCAGCACAGCAUAAAAGCUAUCUGACUUCAGAAGGUCAAUUAAAAGACCUCAACUAUACUUUUAGUCCUGCAAGGCCAGAAAUAGCAAACAUGCAUCCAAAGGCUUACCCUCCAACACAUUCUCUGCCCGCUCAGACAUCAGAACGGUACGGCCAGAGUAAUAACUUGAGUCAAAAUGAUGUACAACAAAGAAAGGAUUUUGGAAGAAAAACUUGGGACAAGUUUGAUUCAGUCAAUGAAAGAGAUGACCGAUUUGAAUCAGGGCCAUUUAGAGGAGAAAUAGCAGCUCUGAUUGAGAUGGACAAACAGAGGAAGGCCACUGCCAAGCAAUAUUCUGCCAAUGAUAAUUAUUCUGUCCGAAAGGAAACUUAUAUGCAAAAAGUGAAUGAAGACAUUAAACUUGGUCGACUUUCAAAGGAGGAAGCGAAAGAGGUCAGAGAAGACUCUAUAUCACCCAGGAAAACAUCUUACAGUGACAGUCAAUUGAACACAUUUUCAAAGCAUACUGAAUCAUAUGGAAUGCUAAAAAAACAGAAUACAACACAUCCUCUAAAAGAGGUCUAUGGUGGUUUACAAAGCCUUAAUGUAACAAAUGAUCAUGUUAAAGCACCAGAACAGAACGUGUCUUCUAACAGCAUGGCAAUGCAAAAGACAUUUGAUCAGAGAGUGUAUGCACCUUUACAAGACCAUAAAGCCCAAAAGAAUGAAGAACUGUACUCUUAUCAGCCAUAUAAGUAUGAGCAUAACAAACAGUGGCACAUGUCAACAAGUGAAGACAGGCACACCAAGGAAAGCAUGUGGAUGCAAAAAAAAUUAGAGACAAUGGAACAAACUGAUGCCAAGAGUUAUAAUGUUUCUAAUACAUUGUCAACUACAACUGAGUUUGUUACCUGCAAUGGUGCACCAAAACCCAGAUUGCAGGAUGGAGAAUCAGCCUCAUCAACUGACACCUCAGAUCAAAAUAACUCAACUAAACAAGACAGGUUCAGCAUUAAUGAUAUUCUUGCCAUCAGAGAUAACGAGCAGGCAAGAAGACUAAAGGAUAAUUCAGUUAGUAUGUCUAAAUCAGAAAAUUCACAAAGUCAAGUGAAAUUGGAUGCAGCUGAAAAACUAACCACAACAGAUCUUGCUAAGGAGCAAGAACAACAAGGCUACAAAGUGCAGGAAGUUAUAAGUCCAUCGCCUGGCUAUAUUAGAAAAGAAUUCCACAAUGCAACAAAUAUCAGCAAUGACAGAAAAGAUAGAAUAAUGAGUAAAGACACUGAGAAGGCUACUACAAGAGCAAUGUCUUACAAAGAAAGAGGCCAAAGCAAACAAGAAAUACUGACGUCGAAAUUGAAAGCACAUGCUCAAAAGGAAAUAUCAGCAAUUAAAGAAAAGGGACUUGCCAGACAAGGCAUUCUUGCAAGAAAUACAACAAAACCAAGUAUGACUAUCAAUAAUGAAGGUCAAGAAGGUCAUUCAAAUAAGAAGGAAAUCACAGCAGACAAGCUAAAUCACCUGUUUCAAGAUAUCACUUAUUCCAGUGUAACCCAGUACAAAGAACAAAAUAAAACGCAAGAUCAUCAUCUCAACAAUGAGUCGCCACCAUCAACAGAAAAGGAACCUCCAAAUGUUGAAGAUAAUCAGAAAUUUUCACUUGAAAUGAGGAACGAGAAAGUAAAACGUAUACCUUUGACAGUAGACAGGCAAAAUGACGCACAUCCAGCUGAUGAUAAAGUUUUAAUGAAAGAAACAUUUUCUCAUGUAGGAGAUACAAUAGUGUCAGAUAUGAUAAAUAAUGCCCAGAAAGACUACCAGCAAUCCAGAAUCUCUGAAGAUAGGCAAAUGAAUGUAACAAGCUCAGAGGAUAUAAACGCUAACAAGGAAUCUGUAAAACAGAGCCACGAGUUAAUGUCAGGUCAUGUGACAACUGCACACAAGCCUGAGAAAUGCACAUCCCAAAAUUCCCCAGUACUCUAUAAUGAAAAACAUGAUCAGAAAGAAAAUUUGUAUGGGAGUAACCAAAGUAAAUAUACUGAAAAGGCUUUAAUUAAACCUGCUGAUACAACCAAAAAAGAUUUUACAAGCACAGAGGCUUCAAAAUCUACUAGCGGUUUGAAUAAAAAUGACCUUUUGGGAUUGGAGAGAAACAAGCCAAGAGUUGAGGAACUUAAUGUACAUCAUAAAAGUAAGAUUGAUGCUGCAGUGGAGCAACCUAAAAUUGAACCAAUCAAAAAUAGCUCAGAGAUUACAGCUAGUCAACUGACAUCCUCAUCAAGUGACAUGAAGUUUAAAAAUGGAAUUCCACCUGCUAAACCACUAAUGGAAUCUGCCAAAUCAGAGCUCACCUCAAACCUUCAAACCAUUACAUUAAGUGCAGAUGUAGAGCAGCUUGUAACUAGAACCUAUAAACAUAAUUCUGGGCUCAGUUCAGAUUCAGAGGCAUCGUCGAUGGAAAUUACAGCCAAAGUCAAAUCUAUGCCAACAAACAAUCCAGGCUCACAAAGAAUCAUGGAGCCAGAAACACUCAAAUGUGUUAAUAAUAAAAAUGGUCAAGCAUUAAUGAUCAAAAACAAUACGACACCGGAAAAUGUUUUAUUUAACCAACAAAACAAUCCAUUGCAAGUGAAGGCUAAUGACAGUACCACUGCAAACCAAAUAAAGGAUAAUCAGUCAAGCUUAGGAACAAGUAAAGAAUCUCUAACACAAAUGGCAUCAGUUAGAGCGAAAGAAAACUGUUUACAAAAAGAUCUUCCUCAAGAUGAUGAAAAUACAAAGUCUCUGCUACGUUUCAAUAAGGAAGAUAAACAAGCAUUAAUAAUUGGAAACAAUAAAACAAAACAACAUAUUAUGGAUGACCAACAAAGCAAUGCAUCUCAAGUAAAGUCUCCAGAAACUACCACUGCAAACCAAAUGGUGGACAGUCAGUCAAAGCCAGGAUCAGAUAAGGAAUCACUAAAACACAAGACUUCAGCUAAAGCUAAAGAAAACUGCGAGCAAGAGAAACUCCAAAGAGAUGAAGACAUGACAAAGUCUUUGCUCUAUUUCAAUAAUGAAGAUGUACAAGCAUUAGCUAUCAAAAACAUUAAAACAAAGGAAAAUGUUUUGGAUAACCAACAAAACAGUGCAUCACAAGGAAAGGCUGUAAAAACUACCACUGCAAACCAAAAGAUGGACAGUCAGUCAAAACUAGAAACAAGUAAAGAAUCCCUAGCACAAAUGGCAUCAGUUAAAGCAAAAAAAAAAUCUAUGCAAAAAGAACUCCAUCAAGAUGAUGAAAAUGAUAAGGUGCUACUAUGUUUUAACAAUGAAGAUGGACAAGCAAUAAUGAUCAAAAACAUUAAAACAAAGGAAAAUGUUUUGGAUAACCAACAAAACAGUGCAUCACGGGGAAAGGCUGUAGAAGCUACCACUGCAAACCAAAAGAUGGACAGUCAGUCAAAUCUUGGAAUGAGUAAAUACUUACUACCACAAAUGGCAUCAAUUAAAGGAAAUGAAAACUGCGAGCAAAAAGUACUCAAUCAAGAUGAUGAAAAUACAAAGUCUCUGCUAUGUUUUAAUAAUGAAGAUAGACAAUCAUUAAUGAUCAAAAAUAUUAAAACAAAAGAAAAAGUUCUGGAUAGCCAACAAAACAGUGCAUCACAAGGAAAGGCUAUAGAAAGUACCACUGCAAAUCAAAAGAUGGACAGUCGGCCAAAUCUUGGAACUAGUAAAUAUUCACUAACCCAAAUUACAUCAGUUAAAGCAAAAGAACACUGUGAGCAGAAAGAACUCCAUCAAGAUGAUAGGAAUACGGAGUCUAUGCUAUGUUUGUACAAUGAAGAUGGACAAGCAGUGAAAAACAUUAAAACAAAGGAUGAUGUUUUAGUUGAUCAACAAAACAGUGCAUCAAAAGGAAAUGCUGUAGAAACUACCAUUGCAAACCAAAAGAAGGGCAGUCUGUCAAAACUAGAAACAAGUAAAGAAUCCCUAACACAAAUGGCAUCAGUUACAGCAAAAGAAAGCUUUGAGCAAAAAGAUCUCCAUCAAGUUGAUGAAAGUACAAAGUCUUUGCUAAGCUUUAAUAAGGAAGAUGGACAAGCAUUAUUAAUCAAAGAUAGUAAAGCAAAGCAAAAUAUUAUGGAUAAUCAACAAAGCAAUGCAUCACAAGAAAAGUCUACUCCUGCAAACCAAAUGGUGGACAGUCGGUCCAAACCAGGAUCAAAUAAAGAAUCACUAAAACACAAGACUUCAGCUAAAGCUAAGGAAAAUGAUCAUCAAAAAGAACCACAUAAAGAUAAAGAAAAUACAAAGAAUUUGGUGUUAUUCGACAAAAAGGAACUUUCUAAAAGCCAAAACAUGUCCAGAAUAAUAGAUAGUUCAGCAACUGUAAGUAACAGUCAACAGGUAGAGAAAAGGCCAGAAAGUGCAAUGUCAAAACAAAAAGAACUUCCUAGACCAUUGGAAAUAUCAAAAGAGAACAACAAUCACAAGACAACAAAAGAAUCUCAAGAAAAGAACCCAAGCAAUUCUGAACCCAAAAAAGCUAUAGAUAAACUAGAACCAAAUGUUUCCUCACAACAUAAAGUAAAACUAGAUGAGGGUGCAACUCAAAAGGACAAUACAAAGCCUGUUUCAACACAGAAUGUAGAAUCUACAGCCGGUGUAUCAAACAUCAUUCAUACACCUAGCAAAGUGGAGUCUGCAGAGGAGCCGAUGAUUUACAAUAUUUGUGUGUCAAGCAAAACGGAAGCAGCCUCAGACGAUGAGCCCAUGAUCUACACUAUAUGUGUGUCAAGUAAGUGUCAUAUUGAUGAGCAACAAAAUUCAGUCAAACAAGAAGAGGAGAGUUCUGUUGAAACUGAAAUAAGUGUUAAGGAUGAUAGCUUUCGUAUUGAAAAUGACAGAGCAGAAAAUGAACCUGAGGUUGUUCGCAGAAAGACUGAAGUAUCUUCAAACGUUGAAGAAAAAGAAGACAAGAUUGGAAAAUGUGAACUGACGACAACUAUGAAUAAGUCAAAUGUCAUGGGAAGAAUCACUACAUCAUACGAGGACCUCUUAGCUAAAUAUGGGCUUCCAGCAAGUGAUUACCAUGGUCAUCUCAUGUCAAAACGUACUCAAGAAGAGAGAGAGAGAAAAGAAAAGGAGGACACUGAAACUCAAUUCUCAAACAAACCAAUAAAACAUGGUAUUACCAAACCUCUGACACCCAAAGAAAAAAGCUCAGGUGACAAACAAACACAUUCAGAUGACUCAAGACAAGCCUCCAGUCAAAAGACGUCUAUUACAAGUCAACCUUUAAAGGAAGCAGAGGGAAAAAUCAAGCAAUUGCAACACUGUGAUAUCCCUUCAAACAACGUUGCUGAAAAGCAACAGAGUUCAGGAAAUAGUAUACCAAGCCUUGGCCAUUCUACAAGUGAUACCACCCUAAUACCAAAAGAUAUAAAUAGACAUGUUGAACAAGACAGAGUUACACAAAAUAUUGAACCAUCAAGUCAGAGUAGGGGAAGCAAUAUUCAAUCGAAGGAAAAGAAAGUUGAAGAGCAAGUGAGAAACAGUGAGAAAGUGCAAAGUAUGAAAAAUACAGGAAAUAUUACUGAUGACGUAUCCAGAAAGUCCACAAAGAAAACAGACAAUGAAUCCCUAAUGACUAAACAAUCGGUAAUGUGUGAAUCAACAAGAGCAGCAAAAUCUGAUGUUUUAAAAGCAUCCGUUUCCAACACAUCCUUGGCAAAGGACACAGCCAAGACCAAACUCACUGAAAGUAAAAUUCCCAAAAAGACAAUACCCCAAGCUGAAAAGAAGCUUGAAGAGGUGGAAGGUAAAGAGAAAAUGUUUAAUCAAACUGAUACAUUAAUGCUACAUCCGAAUAAAAUACACAGAAGGGAAACGUUUAAUUCAGAAAAUCAGAAAAGUAUUCAUGAGGAUAAACAACAGGAUUCUACAAUGGCUUUGAAAAAAGAAUCUGUCUCACACAAAGAUACCCAAACUCUGCAAAAGAAUGGAAAGGAGAAUUUGGAGGUGAAAAGGUCACAAGAGAAGUUACAAGUUGAACUGAACAAGAGUCAUGAAAUUACUAACCAGAUGAAGAUGGUUUCAAAAGAUACAACACAUGUUAAUAAUUACAAGGAUCAAGUUAGCAGUAUUGGUGAGGAUGUGUGUACUGUUGUAAAACACAACCAGGCUUCUUUUGAAGCCCCAAAAAUUCACUUAGAGGACAUAAAAGUGUCUACAGAGGAAGUGUCAUCAAACAAAGAAUUCAUGGUAGGCCACAAAAACCAACAUGAAGUGAUAAAGAGGAAAACUCUACAAGGAAAGAAAGUAACUGUUGUGGCUGAACAUGUGGGUGAAAAAGACUUUGCAGAGCUAAAGAAGUUACCAAUAAAGACCCUUGCAGCCCAAAAUGAACCCAAAACUGUGGACAUUAUGAAAGGGCUCUGUGAAACGGCACCCAAACCACUUAAGAGAGAUUGUCCAAGUGAAUCAGAAAAGCCAGAAAUUAAUCAACAAGAUGCAUUAGUUCAGUCUCAACAUAUAAAAGUCUGUGAUAAUAAACAACCUGCACUGAAUAGUGAGGAAAGGAAGAUUGAACAGCCUGUAUUAAGUAAAAAUGGACAAAAGGAUGGUAAUUUGAAAGUUCGAAAUGAAAACAGAAGCAGUCUCGAAGGAAAGCAAGUAAAACAUAUUGAAGCUACUGAGACAAAACAAGCUCAUCAACCUAAUACAAACCAGAAUCAGCCUGGGAGAGGUUUGGAGCCUGAAAAAGAAAGAAGUGCAAGCUAUGAACUAGAACAUGCACAGAUAUAUCAAAAGGACGCCAAGAAAGAAGGUAUGUUAUCCAAAAAUGAGGCUACACAGAGGAACAAAAAGGUGACUAGACCUGAAAUAUCAGCAAUCGCAGACUAUGCUCGACUGAAAGUUAUUGCUGCAGAAGAUGACACAAAAGAGCUUGAUAUAUUUCCAAAAACGGACUUCUACAACAGUUAUGAUCAGCCGGCUUCAAGAAUUUCUAAAGAUUCUCAUAGAAAGGUGUCAGGAGAUAUAUGGGAAGAUUCAAAACGAGAGGCCAUUUUAAGAGAAAAAGGUCAAAAUCUCAAGCAAACACCAUCAUUAGCCCAAAAGCACAAUCCCAGUACGAAUAUAGCUGAAGCAACGCCUGUAUCACUGGUAGCAUCAGGUUCACAAGGUAGAGCUGCUUCAACUCAAUCAAGGACUCCAGCAAUUCAUAGGAAAUCAAAUACUAAACAAACUUUGGAGCAAACAAAAACAGGAGAAAGUUACAAAACAUACCAGUCCAGGAAUCCCCAAGGAGACAAUAUUGCAGCAUUGCAAGCUGAGAGUACAAUAAACCGAUCAAGACAACCGGCUCAUGAUAAAAGAAUGGAGAAGACUAGCUUUUCUCAUUCAGGAAGACAAGUGUUGGGUAAUGUAAAACAAGCAGACAACCAAAUAAAUAUGGCAUCACCACCAGAAGAAGAAAUGGAAGAACUACAAUAUUACACCGUGAAUGCUCUUGACAUUGAACCAAAGCCAAAUUACACACCCGAGCCACCUCAUGAAAGUCCCAAAAUUUACCAAAACAAAUUAGAGGAAGACAAAAAGGAAGAUAGCUUGUCUUUGCAAAGUCUAACAGAAUAUGGUAAAGCUAACAUGACAGGACCCCGAUCCAACUCUUCUUCUCCAGCCAUGGGAAAACCCACCAUGUUCAGAGUGAAGGAUAAUACCAUCAGACCGUCUUCUGUGACCAAAACUGUGAAGCCACGCUUUCACAGGUCAUUCUCUGAUGACUUGAGGAUUGGUUCUCCAAAGGAACACUUGAGCGGUUCAGAGAAAGAAGAUGAAACUCAUCCCAAAGAGUCUGCUAACCUUCCUCUCUUACACGAGCCAGCUAUUGUUACCCAGCCACUCCAAAAAGUAAAGGAAACACUCCAUAACAACAUGUCCAUAGCAGAUUACUCGACAAAUAAAUUAAAAAGCUAUCAAAGAAGAAGCCAACAUUUUGAGGAAGAAGAAACCCGUUCGGUCAUCAGCACAAUGUCGGAAGAUUUAGAAAACUGUACAGCGAGACCUAUAGAUCUGGCCGACCUAAGUAUGGCCUUCAUGCCUAAGAAUGAAUUUUACAGAGAUUCCUACCGAAGGCCUGCAUCCGCCUGCUAUGAACGACCAGAUUCAGUCUGCUACGAAAGGCCAGAAUCAGCCUGUAGUGAUAUAAGAUCAUUGGGGAAACCUCCAGCGGUGCCCCCCAAAUCUGAAAAAGCUCUUCGGCGAGCGCAAAGACUUACAACAAGACGUCUCAAAAAGUCUGAGUCUCCGAAGUUAGCACCUGAAAACCAAGAACAACCAGAACCCAAAUCAAUCAGCAACAUCUCCAGCGUUCCCUCUUCACCAUCGGAUGUACCGUCAUCACAUCAAGAGGUGCAUGCCUCACCCCCUCUUUCACAAUAUGACACCCAGCCAAAUUACUCCCCCCCUGCACACAGUAUAGUGGCGCAACCUUUCCCAAUGACACAGAGAAAGCUUUUGCAAGACCCAAACUCAGGGCAGUACUUUAUGGUGGACGUACCACUACCGGUUAAGACAAAGACUUUUUAUGACCCUGAAACUGGUAAAUAUGUACAGUUGAAUGUCCGUCAGAGGUCUCAGGGUGCUUUAACACAGCCAGCACAAGUUGAAAUGUUAAAUGCUCCUUACAUGCUGUAUCGUGGCUUUCUGCCAAUGGCUGCAUCCUCAUUAUCACCCUUGAGGUCAUCAUCUGAAAUGUCAACACCGGCUGCGCUAACAGUUCAUCGGGAUAUGCUUGAGACGGGUAGCGAAGCGUGGACUCAGAAUGUUCAUCACAGCAGAGAUUCUCAGCAAUACCCUGAAACACAGUAUGGGUCACACGAGCAAAUUCACAACCCGGCUUUGUAUGCAGAAAACAAUGUUGAUGACAAUGACAGACACAGAGAUAUUAUAACUAUGAGUGAAUUAGAGGACUUUGCAAUGGAGAGCACAUGACAAGAAAAGAUAGUUUAAAUAGGUAAAUGCUGUUUGUACACAAAUCUAUCCUUUUAUGACUGUAUAUCUAAGCUAUUUAAAUGUGACUUUUAAAUUAAAGGUGUUCAAUUUGUAUUCAAAGAUUGCUAUUAAACUGCAUUGUGUUUUGUAGCCGAGGGGAA